AUUGGUAAUUUUGCAGAUCCAAUGCGGGGGCCACGGAAAUUAGAGGUUGUGGAGAUCAAGUCUAGGCAAAUCACUAUUUGCUGGGAGCCAUUUGGAUAUAACGUCACACGUUGCCAUCGGUACAACCUCACAGUCCAUUACCGUUACCAGGCUGGAGGACAAGAGCAAGUGAGAGAAGAAGUAAGCUGGGAUACAGAAAGUUCACAUCCACAGCACACCAUUACUAAUCUUUCACCAUAUACAAAUGUCAGCAUCAAAUUAGUACUAAUGAAUCCUGAAGGACGAAAAGAAAGCCAAGAACUUGUCGUACAAACUGAUGAAGAUGUUCCAAGUGCUGUACCACUUGAAUCCAUUCAAGGGAGUACCUUUGAAGAGAAGAUUUUUCUUCAGUGGAGAGAGCCAGUGCAAACAUAUGGUGUGAUUACUUUGUAUGAGAUCACCUACAAAGCAGUCAGUUCCUUUGACCCAGAAAUAGAUUUAUCCAAUCAAAGCGGACGAGUCUCAAAGCUAGGAAAUGAAACACACUAUCUCUUUUUUGGACUGUAUCCUGGCACUACCUACUCUUUUACCAUCAGGGCCAGCACAGCUAAAGGCUUUGGACCUCCGAUCACAAAUCAAUUCACCACUAAAAUAUCAGCACCCUCUAUGCCACCAUAUGAACUCGAGACACCUUUGAAUCAAACUGACAGCACUGUGACAGUCUUACUGAAACCUGCACAGAGCAGAGGCGCUCCUGUCAGUGUCUACCAAAUAGUUGUUGAAGAGGAACGCCCUCGGAGGAUCAAAAAGACAACUGAGAUCCUGAAGUGCUACCCAGUGCCCAUUCAUUUCCAGAACGCCUCACUUUUGAAUUCCCGGUACUACUUUGCUGCAGAGAUUCCAGCCAAUGGCUUACAAGCUGCUCAGCCUUUUACUAUUGGUGAUAACAAAACCUACAGUGGCUUCUGGAAUACUCCUCUUCUUCCUCAUAAGAGCUACAGCAUCUAUUUUCAAGCUGCUAGCAGAGCCAAUGGGGAAACCAAAAUUGACUGCGUCAGGAUAGCCACAAAAGCUGCGAUAAUCGUGACUCAGCUUACAACACCAUACAUUCGCAUCGCCCCUGCUGCAGGCGACGACCAACUAACAGGGGCUGCUACUCGGAAACCAGACCCGGAGCCUGAGAAGCAGACAGACCAUACCGUUAAAAUUGCUGGAGUCAUCGCAGGCAUCUUGCUGUUCGUCAUUAUAUUUCUGGGGGUUGUGCUGGUAAUGAAGAAAAGAAGAAGCUAUCACUCCUACACUUAUUACCUGUAAGUAACUUC